AUGGAAAGAACAUUCAUUGCAGUCAAACCGGAUGGUGUCCAAAGAGGUCUUGUCAUGGAAAUCAUGAGCCGUUUUGAAAAGAGAGGUUUUAAAUUAGUCGGUAUUAAGAUUUUGAAUGCUAGCGAAGAAUUGUUGACCAAGCACUACGAAGAACAUGUUGGUAAGCCAUUUUUCCCUAAAAUGGUUUCCUUCAUGAGAUCUGGCCCUAUCGUUGCUACCGUUUGGGAAGGUAAAGAUGUUGUUAAUCAAGGUCGUGCUAUGUUAGGCAAGACUAACCCAACUGAUAGUGCUCCAGGUACUAUUAGAGGUGACUUUGGUAUUGAUUUAGGUAGAAAUGUCUGCCAUGGUAGUGACUCUGUUGAAAGUGCCAACAGAGAAAUCAAAUUAUGGUUCAAAGAUGAAGAGUUAGCCAAUUGGGAAUCUAAUCAAACCAAAUGGUUGUAUGAAUAA